AUGUUAAUAGUAAAAUUUGCUGGAAAUUGGAAAUUAUUGUGUAGUGAUAAUGACUUGGUAAACGAAUAUUUGCCUAAAAUUCUUCAGAUUCAACAUCCUGUGCACCCUCAAGAUUUUAAACUUUUCCUUUCUCUCUUGAUUGAAAAAGUUAUGAACAAGGUUCAAAAUGUUUCUGUUGAAAAUACAAAGAGUUGUGCUGAAACAUUGUCUUUAAUUCUGAUUUCUACUGAUAGUACAAACUUGAUGAAGCGUAUUAUUACAACAAGUAUUUCAAUUGUUAGGAAAUCUAUUGAAUUAAUUACUCUGGAUCCAAACAACAAGCAUAAUAGUAUUUUAUUCAGUCACAUGUCACUUUUGAUUAAGAGAAUUUUGAGUUAUAUUGAUAAGGAUAAUGAAGGUAUUCAAACUCAUGCUGUACAUUUUAUUGAAAAUUUAAUUUUAAUGUACAGUAGUAUUAAUAAGUCAAAUAUGGAAAUCAAUGAAGAAAACCUUUCGAACCUCUUAUCUUACCUUCAACUUUCUGGUAACACCUACAAGGUUCAAUAUAUAGAUCCUUACCCAAUUGACUUGAGCUUUGUUUCAAGUUAUGCAGAGAAUGGUAAAGUUGGAUGUUUCAAUGUUGAAAAUAUGAGAGAUGAAGGAGCAAGAUAUUUGGAAAAAUUGAUUGAAAAAUUUAAAAAGGAGGAUUGUCCAUCAUCUGUAAUUUCAGUCAUCAUCCAAGCUUUACUGAAUAUUGCAAAACAAAGACAUGGAUUUUGGAACACAAUUAUUCCUUUCCUUUCUAAUCAGGCUUACUAUUAUUUGGGAAAAGGUAGAACUAACAACACACAAAAACAAACUUUGAAGACUUUAUUGAAAACAGCUAUUUUGUUUUUAUUGAAAAUGCCAGAAACUAGACACAAAUGGAGACCAACUAUUCUUCAUGGAUUGGGUGAGCUUGAUGUAAGCAAUACUUCGAUCGGAAUGAUUACUAAAUUUGUGGAUAAACAUACUACAGUUUUAAAAAGAAAGGAACCACCUGCAGAGGAAAAAGAAGCCAAGGUUAGGAAGAAUGAUAUCUCUCAAGCUUCUCAAAAUCAAACUGGAGCUCAACCUACUCAAGAUUUGGAGCCUACAUCAGUUUUAUAUAUCAGCUAUGUUCCAAAUGCUAUGACUAACGUUGAGCUGGCAAAUACAGUUCUUGGAAAUCUUUCUCGAAUUGAAUCAAAAUCUAAUAGACCACCUAAGAAUCUUGAGAAUAGUAAUCAAUUGGUUGGUGUCGUUAUGUCUGCCCUCUCUAGUCACUAUAAGAAAGGUAAUACAUAUUCUUCAGAAGAACAGCAACAAUAUAUGAGUUCCGUACAAUUAUACUUAUCAGAACCUAUUCCAUCAUUCAACUCUAGUCUUGUCACAGUAUCUGUACUCCAACAACAAGCAAAUCCUUAUCAAGCUAGACAAGUUGCUACAACACCUUACGGAAGAAGUCCAUAUAGCAGAGCUGCUCCAGUCCAAUCACAAAAAGCUGACCCAAGACUUACCCAAAAAGAUCCAAGAACAGCAUAUGUUCCUGAUAAGAGUAAUGCUUUCAGUUCUAAUCAAUCUAAAGCCUCUGGAGAUGAUUCUGAUGAGGAAGAGGUUGUCACAUACAAACAACAAACAACUGUCAAACAAGAAAAGGUUGCUGAGCCAGUUGAAGAAGAUGUUAAGGAGGAUUUAUCAAAACAAUUCAAACUUAAAUUAUCUAUUGUUGAUGAUAACUGCAAACAACAACUCAAAAAAUUCAAUUGGAACAAGAUGUUAAUGAAUGAAAAGGGGAUGAAAAGAGAAGGAAAAGAUCACUAUAGAAUUAAGCUCAUUUGUCUUAUGGCUGUAAGAAGUGCCGAAACAGACGAGCAAUAUCAACAACUCUACAAUUUCAUUAAAGAGGAUGUUAAGGGCCGAUUCUCACUACUCAUGAUGUGGUUGUAUAUGGAGUAUAAACACUCCAUUGAACAAGAAUAUAAUGUCAAAAAAGAAGAAAGUUCCGAAAAUAGAUAUACAAGACUUUUCCACAAGUUUUUACUCAGUUUCGAUAAGAGUGAAAGUAUUCUUGCCAGAUUUUUGGUUCAAUCUCCACACAUUACGCAAUAUACAUUGGAUUAUAUUUGUAAAGAUCUUUGUGAAAGCGAUAAUUACAUAGGACAUGGACUAACAGCUCUAAGAGAUAUAGUUAUUUACAGACAAAAUUUAAGAGAAAGGUGUUUGAAUAUGUUACUAAAUUAUGGUAUUCACCAAAACUCUAAGAUUCGUACACCUGCAAUCCAGAUUUUGCGUGAUAAAACUCUGUAUACUUUAUUUGAGAAAGAAAUUACCGACUUUGCAUAUUCAAGUAUUAUGGACAUGAAACCUCUAAUUGAGCAAUCAACUUCAACUGACGAAAUGGUAGAUGAACAAGAAUCAAGCACUGAUGCUAAUAAUGAAAUUAUUAAGAGGUACAGCUCCCUUUAUUUGGCUCUUAGCUCGUCGUAUUGUGAAGCAACAUUUGAGAAACUCCUUAAUGAUGUUUAUGCUAACUACAAGAGUUCAGAAAAUAUGGAGCCAGUUGUAGCAGUCUUGGAGAAAGACAUUUUAAGUACUGUGAAAUCGAGCUUGAACAGAGCAACUGUGAUACAGUAUUUGAAAAAUUUCAAGGAGGCCGAGUGUCUCGAUAUUAGUAUUAAGAUUAUGCAACAAUUAUCACUUCAACCACAAGGUAUUGAUGAAAAUCUCUCCAAGGUGCUCAUUUACACAUUUUUCGAAAGAAACAUCAAAGAUCCAAGAAUGGUUUUACCUAUUUUGUCUCAAUUAACCAAAGAACAAGCCAAGGAAGCCCUUCCAAUCGUUUUCAAAUCUGUUACUGAUGUUGAAUUACUAAAAAAGAAUAUUAUCAGUAUGGUGACAGCCAAUUCAAAGGCCGAGAAGAGUGACAAGCUUUCAGGAGAUGAAAUUCUUGUAAUUUUACAUCAAAUAGAGGCCAAUAGUGAAGUACAAUCUGUGGCAUUUAAUAAUACAAGAAAUGUACUUGAUGCAUGUCUUAUUGGAGAUGGAAAGCAACUAUUCACUUCACAAAUGUUGAAAACAGCUCUCCAACAAAUUGUUGAUAUUGUACCAGUACCAAAGUUAGUUAUAAGAACAGCUAUUCAAUCUUUGAACUUGCAUAACGGUUUAGCUCAAUUCCUUCUCAAAUUUUCUUUCCCAUCUCUUAUCAAAAAGAGAGCCUACGAAAGCAAGACAAUAUUGUUUGGUUUAGCAAAGUGUCUCUCUGAUAAGCUAACCUUAUUCCAACCACCAAAAGUAGUAGAGUUCCUUUUAGACUUGGGAGAAUUGAGUGAAACUGCCUUGUUGGAAGUAUUAGAACAGCAAAACCUUAGAGAUUUAUUUAAGGAAACUAUUCAAAUUCAGCAGCAUCCAAGAGCUUCACACUAUAAUUCUCUUUUAGCCAACCAACAAACAACAAGUGGUGCUGAACAAAAGUAA